CAACCUGUUAGUGUAGGGGUUUACCAAACUUGACAUAUCAUUGCAUUCGUACAUUUCCGCUCUGUCAUCCCGUGAAACAGCAAUCCCCCAACACGAAGCUCUCCUUCUCAAGUACAAAUUCUUCCCGUCGACACCCAACGUCAGGCCGCCGAAGAGGUAUCUAAGUAAGCAUUAGCUUCAUGGGCGAUGGUCCUCGUGGAAUAGAAGUUUUCCCUGACCAUUUUCAAGCUUCAAUGCCUGGUGCAGACUCUCCUCAAAGCCCAACUGUAUCCACGCCUUUGAAAAAUAGCUACGAUAACUCUUUUAGGUCGUGCAGCGGAUCGUGGACCCGGAGUAAGUUAAAAAGCACAGUAUCAAUGCUGAGGUUACUGAGCUUACGAAGAUUGCCUUGGGUAGCUGACACAGAUGGCCAGGAAAAGGUGGUUUUGAGUGCAGUAGAGGUAGCAUCUCUUCGAUCUGAAAUCAAUGAUUUAGAAGAAAGAGAGUCACACUUGAAAGCUCAAUUAGAACAUGUAGAUGAGAUAUUACGAUCUGCUCGUCUCUCUGGAUACCUUAACAUGAGAAUGAGAUGGGCAGCAUUACCUGGAGAACUUCCUCCGCUUGAUGAUGCUGAAGUUGAUGACUGGGUUCCAAGAUUUGUUGUCCUCCAUGGAUCUUGUCUAUACCUCUAUAUGCUGUCUACUGAUUUGAGUCCUCAGGACUCCACCAUGCUGUCAGAUAUUGUUGAAGUUGGUUCACUUCCUUGUCUCACACGAGAAGGUGAGGAAGCUCAGCAUUGCUUUUAUAUUUUAACCCGUCAAGGGUUGCGAUACGAGUGCUCCAGUGCUUCCAGAAUACAGGUAGAUGCAUGGUUGGCAUCAUUGCAGGCUGAUUGCAACUCACAGGUUUGCAGAUCUGUUGCUUCGCGAGCUGCCAGGUCUAUUCUCUCUGCUUACUCCAAGCAGAGCUCUCGUGCCAUUUCCGGAGGGCGAGCAGCAGCUGCUGCUGCUACUGUUUCUCUCAGAGGAGUUGUGCCUUCUCUUGCCGCCUACGGUAGGGAAGAGUCCGCAAAUGCUUCUAGAGCUUGGAUUUCUGGUCUCUUUGCUCUUCCUGCGGCAGCUUACAUGCUCCAGGAGCAAGAAGCAUGUGCUGCUGAGAUGGAGCGCACCUUUAUAGCAAUCAAGCCUGAUGGAGUGCAGAGGGGCCUGAUUGCAGAGAUAAUAUCCCGUUUUGAGCGCAAGGGUUUCAAACUCGUUGGAAUAAAAAUUUUGGUACCUUCCAAGGACUUUGCCAAGAAGCAUUAUCAUGAUCUCAAGGAAAGACCUUUCUUCAAUGGUUUAUGCGACUUCCUUAGCUCUGGCCCUGUUAUUGGAAUGGUUUGGGAAGGUGAAGGAGUGAUAAAAUAUGGUCGUAAGCUUAUUGGAGCCACAGAUCCACAAAAAUCUGAACCCGGAACUAUCAGAGGUGACUUAGCCGUUGUAGUUGGAAGGAAUAUCAUCCAUGGUAGCGAUGGCCCUGAAACUGCAAAGGAUGAAAUCGCCCUAUGGUUCAAACCAGAAGAGUUGGUAAAUUACACGAGUAAUGCAGAGAAGUGGAUAUAUGGUGAUAACUGACCAACUCAUUUUCUUUAACUAGAGCAGCAAGGAAUUCACAUUCACUUCCAAAAUUACUAUAAGAGUGGAAGACGCAUAAUUAUCAAAAUAAUAUGUUUCCUUAAGUUGGGGAGGAACAUUUCUUCCUUCAAACUAUUAUUGACUUAUUGUUUGGAACUUUCUCAUCCUUCCAAUAAUAUAUAUAUCGGCUAGAUUUGCUAGCCCAGUUGACUGCAU